AAAGAGUCGAUCGCCUACAUGGUAUGAUGAUCUCCAGGUAGAGUGUUAUCCAGAUCACCGAGUGCACGGUGCUUUGACACGCUCCUGCCCACCAGAGGUUCUUUGUCUCCACACUACCUAUGUCACUAGUAUGAAAUGAGCCUGCAACACAUGCUUUUUCCUACUCAUGUCACUCCACGAUUCCCACAAUCACACCGGAUCAAUAAUGAUUCUUUGUUUGCCUGGCCUUUCAUGCUCCACUGAAGCCUUGUUUCCCUUCCGUGGACGACGCGGUCAUUUCCGCCGAUGUAAAACUUCUUUAUUAGGAUACGGCAUAUAUAACACAAUGUCGAAGUCGAAGUCGAAGUCUCACGGCCUGAGCGAGCUAUUUGCCCCCGUGGGGAACUCCCGACCCCACGGCCCGCGUUACGCCUCGUCCUCCCACGAGCGGUACCUGCCUUCGCGGGCAUUCACGGCGGAGGAGCAAGCGGCCGCCGUGCGGCUAUUCGAGCUGGAGCACAAGCGGGUCAACGAGGGGCUAUCGGAGCAAGAGAUGGUGCAGCUGACACUGGCUCAGCAGCGGGAGCGGGGGCUCUGGAUCGGGCGCAAGGACCGGCAUCGCGCUGAUCCACAGUUCGAUGGGUGGAAACAGUGGUGUCGCCCUGAGGAAAGAAGGGAUGAGCGUGCGGGAAAGGUUAGGGCCGCUGGGGUCGCCGGGAGUGUUACUGUCAGGGAGUAUCUGAGGGACUGGAGACUUAAGGGGGCGGCCCUGAGGCCUGGCGCAGAGAUCGAUGCGAGUGUUUCCGUGCCGAAAAGGAUCCAGAGGGGAUACGAGGAGGGCAGGUUUUUCCCACAUGCACAGGUCCCGGAAGUCAUCAUGCAUGAUGCCCAGCAUGAGCAUCCGUACUUGUUUGAGCAGGACGUGGUGGGAUGCAGCUACGCUGAGAAGUGGGGAAAGGAUUCGAAUGUGGAGGAUAGAAAGACGGCAAGGCCGGAAGUCAAGGGCCGUGGGACCUUUGGGUGGAGUUGGAGGCAGAGGAGGUCGUUUGUCCGGAAGUUGGCCCUCAUACGCAUCAUGUUCUUGUUUCUGCGCUCGGAAAUGAUUCGAGGCGGCGGCGAUGAUCAGCCACUCGUGACGGCUCCACACAUGAGCUACCUGUAUUCCAACUACGUAAAGGCCACUGACGAGAAUCUCAACUUCGGACCAUGGGCAAGCGUCGAAGACAUGCUUCGGGCGGUCGUGUCGCGGAACUUACAAUACUGGAAGGGAAUGGAUGCGUAUGCCCUGAACGCAGAACGAGUGCGAGACAACAAAGGGCGAUCAAUCCGAGCGCUAUUAAACCGCCCGGCUUUGCCGAAUGGACUGACAGCAUUGGCAAAUGUGAGGAGUAAUUUUCACCGAGCAUAUACGCGCAGACCCAAGCUCGAUGCGAUCCGCGGGAACGAGCGGGAGCUGUACGCAGACAACAAGCGCUUCGUGCUCUACCUGUGGAACGACAUCCGGUCCUGCCUGAUGAUGAAGGACACGCGCAUCGUCGGCCUGGACAACUUCCAGAAGUCGAUGUAUGCGCCGUACAGCGUGGCGAUCGCAGACCUCACUAACCAGUACAAGCCCGACGCGAAGAACGUCUACUACGACAAGGACGACUUGAAGAAAAACGCGCCGUUCAAGAUCCCGGAACGAUAUCUUUACCCGGUGCGCCGCGGCACGAAGAGAGAACCCCACUAUAAGGACCGCAUAGAUAAGCGCGGACGCAUGGAGUACGGCAUGUUCGCCUUCCACGUCCGCAAGCUCCAGGAAGUGCACGACGAGGAGUACGGCGAGAUCACGAUGGAAGACCUGCAGUACGGCGACCGCUACGACGACGUCGAGAGCGAGCACGACCGCCCGCCACAGGUCCUGAAAGACCCCAGUGCUAGGAACAAGAUGUGGGCAGACGAGGGGCUGCGCGACGAGGCUGAAGAUUGGUUCCUGAGACCCGUAUUGCUCCUCGUCAACCAGUUCGUCGAGACCUAUCUCGCAGAGGACAAGACCGUCAAGUGGCUGGAGCCCGAAGUCGCGCAACAUCUGUUGUACCCAACAGAUGUGCCGACGGAGCAGGAUAUCAUAGAUAAUGUUCCUCCUAGUUGGAAAGUGCCGGAUCAGUACUGGGUCUAGGGAAAUGAAUACUGGCAGGUCGGGGAGGUGCGUGUUAUUGGUCUACGGACGUAAUACUACAUAGGUACCUACCUCGAAUGAUGGGAGUUUUUCUUCUUCUUUGACUAGGGAGUUAAAAAAAGAUUGUUCUCUUUGUCCAGGGAAAUAAGCACGAUUGUUCUCUUUACCUUUCGAACCGCUUGUAUGAUACUAUGCCU